AACUCACACAUUCGCAGCCGGAGUGGCGUUGCGACCGUUUGCGCGGACGCAUCUUAAUAUUUAAUUUUUAAAUGUUUAACGUGAUAUUAAGUGCAAGUUAUGGUUUUUGUGUAUUGAAAUUUUAUAAUGUUGUUUAUUGUGAUAAUUUGUUUGUUUUUGACGCCUGUGUUUGCGAAUUACGCUGAGAAUAUAACGAGCAAUCCAUGUACAGAUCAGAACCACUUGGUGCUGGUCCCAGGAGUAUUGACAGGUGGAGGCAGUAGCCGCGCAUGUGUCUCUCGCUUCUACCCAGAUGGGCCGGCCAGGUUACUACUGACUUUGAAUGUUAAUGGCGAAACCGUUACAUCUACAAGGCAACUGAAUCCAGGUGACGGAGGCUGUUUAGACAUCUCGGUGCCGCUUCAGCCUAAUACUAAAGCAGAAUUAAGUGUAAAUAUCAGAUAUCCAGAAGUCGGUUGCACCUGGGAGCGUCACUUGCCAAUCCGAAUUUCCAGCGGUAAACUGUUGGUCAUUCAUUCUGAGCGUGCCCGCUACAGACCUGGAGAUUCUGUGAGAUUUCGUCUCCUGGCUUUAAAAGCAGACUUGACGCCGGCACACACUACUCUUGAUGAAGUAUGGUUGGAAGGUCCUCGUGGUGCUUGGGAGGGUUCGAGACUAGCUCAGUGGUCACAUGUGAGGACUCGGCUCGGAGUGGCUCAACUUCAGUAUCAAUUAGACGAGCUGUCACCAACAGGGAAGUGGACUUUGAGAGGCAGACUAGCUGAUGGGACUCAGGGAUCAGCCGUUUUUUCAGUAGGAAACUAUGAUUUACCGCCAUUUCAGUUGACGGUUCGACACGCGCCAAGAAUACUCCGAACAAGCGAACGGCUUGUAUGGACGGUCUGUGUGAGAUAUCCCUGGUCCGAAGCAGUAGAAGGAAUGCUGGUAAUCCGAAUCCGUGGAGCGGGGUCAUCGGGCGGUAUCCGAACAGCGACCCGUAUCCGCGCACCAAGGGCCUGCCACCGACAUGCGGCCGCCGCCCGACGCAUCGGCCUAUUAGGCGACAACCCACCAGACGUCAUUGUAGCAGAUUUUUCUUUUCAGGAAGAAGGUACUAGGGUCUGGCAGAAUACGACUGUGGUUUCUGAAGUUGUUGAUAAUCCCGUCACAUUGGAGUUUCUGACCAGGCAGAGGACGGUCAUAUCUUCAGGGUUACCUUAUAAAUUAAAAGUAAAAGCCAUUCGUUGGGAUGAUAAACCAGCUUCAAACGAGAAUAUACGAAUCUGCAAAUCAGCGGCUAAAUCUCUAGAAAAAUUCAUAGUGGAUAAUUCCUCUUGCAUAGAGUCACUUACAGAUGAUAAAGGCAUCACGAGAGUUAUGUUUACGGCAAAUGGAGGUCCGUACUACGUAUUUCAGGCUUCAUGUAAAAAUGCAUCAACAAGCCUGCAGUUGAUAGUAGGUUCGAGUACUGGUCGCGCGGCCUUAGGUCCGUUGCGCGCGCAAUCUUCGGCCAAAACCUUAGUGCCUCUAUACGUCAAUCUAGACAACGUCGUACAACCACUCACUGUACACUUCGUGGUAAUCACCCGUGGAGGCAUAAUCUACCGUUGGGGUGCCACAACACAAUGCCCAUCCAGCUCCGACGAAAUUCUUACCGCAAACAGAAACUCCAACUGCGAGAACCUUCGCAACAAACCUGGCAACAUUGGCAAAAACUUUGACAGCUUCCAAAAUUUAGUCGUUGGGUCUAAUACAACAGAUGCAAUGGACUCCCUUCUAGAUGGGAAAUUGUUAAAGAUAAUGCUACCAAUAAAAGUAACACAUCAAAUGUGCCCAGACAGCCAUUUGGUUGCGUACUUUUAUUAUAAUAAUGAAUUAAUAAGUGCCAGCAAACAUCUUGAGAUGGACGAGUGUUUUGCUAAUAAGGUGGAAGCAACCUGGUCGAAUCGUCAAACUGCACCAGGAUCUAUGGCAAGCCUUCAUCUAUCAACUCCAGGACCGGCGCUUUGUGCCCUUUCGGUACUGGAUACCGCAUCAAAAUGGAUUCAGCCAGGAGAGACUAUUCGGGACCUCAUCAUGAAGAGCCUUAGAAAAUUGAUUGACGGACACAGAAAUAUGACUGAAUAUGACGCAGCGGGGGAAUGUUUCUUUUCUUCUGAAGAACUGUCCCAACUGUCCAGCAGUAACUUAGCCGAGAUGUGGUUAAGUAAUGCCGGAGUAAGACUUUUGGGAGGAAAAUCCUUCCGGAAGCAGUGUGACACUCCACCAGCCUUACUUACAGCCGAUGACAAUCUGCUUAGGAGUGACUUCUCUGAGUCGUGGCUAUGGAAGCUUGUGAUGGUAGGCGCUAAUGGUUCCGUGCUUGCGACAGCUCGUGCUCCAGACUCAAUUACACGGUUCGAAGCUUCCGCCUUCUGUGUUUCCAAAACCGGGGUCGCAAUAUCACAGCCUGCUGUUUUACAAGUAUUUCGCGAGUUCUUCAUUCAUGCGGACGCAUCGCGCAAACUGCGUAGCGGAGACGAGACUGUUUUACGAUACCGACUCUUUAAUUACCUCUACCAGCCUCUUAGUGUCCAAGUGGAGAUCAUAACAGACCCUCACCUGGAAGCCAUCAACGAGGACCCUAAACCCACUUGCAUCCAAGGUCGUAGCUCCAUUGGGAGGAGGGUCAAAGUCAUCGCCAAGAGUCCUGGCGCAGCCUUCCUCAGUAUUCGCGCGUCUACCGCCCAAUCCUGUAAUGAGACGAGGUUCACCUAUAAACAAAUUAGCGACGAAGUCGUGGUACAGAUUCAAGUGGACCCGGAAGGAGUACCUAUACAAGAACAUAAGUCUAUCAUGCUCUGUGAUAGAGACGUACCUGGGUCGGUAAAGUCCAAAGUCCAUUGGAAUUGGUCAAGAGUGGAUGUUGUACCGGGAACAGAAUCGGUGACUGUAUGGGCUGCGAGUGAUAUUACUGGACCUCUUCUGGCUGACGCCGACGCAUUAGUACUCUUGCCUCGUGGCUGUGGUGAGCAGAACAUGGCUCGUCUCGCGACCAACUUGCUUGCGCUUGCGCAACUCCAUCCCAAUUCACCUGCUGCGUACACCGCAAAAGAUCACGUCGCAAGAGGUUUCGCUCGUCAGCUCCAAUAUGUGCAUACCUCUGGAGGCUUCAGUGCCUUCGGGUCUUCCGACCUUCUAUCUUCCACCUGGCUUACAGCUUUCUCUGUGCGAUAUCUUAGAAGAGCACAUCAAGUAAUAUCUCCAGGACAGCCCAUACCCCGAGCAGUGGAGACCGCAGAAAAGUGGUUGUUAUCUCAACAAAUGGAGAAUGGCUGCUUCCGGAAUGAGGGUCAAGUUUUCCACAGAGAACUCAAGGGUGGCCUCAACGAAGACGGAGAAAUUGCAAGUGUUACCCUUACCGCUUACGUCAUAACGUCUCUAAUAGAGAGUACAAUCCCAAUUCCCCAUAAAGUCAUACAGAACUCCCUCUCUUGCCUCAGAGCAAUGCCUCCUAAGAAGAAUCCCUCUAGAGCAUACGCGUAUAGCAUAAUAACCUAUGCCUUUAUGAGGUUAAGGCGGUAUGACAGAGAGUUGAAGCAGAGUAAUGAGGCGACGAGUUGGGGAUUAGGAUUGGGGAUUGAUGAGGAGAUGAGGGAGCUGGUGGGACUAUUGAAGAUGGCGAAAAGGAGUAGCAACUACGUGUGGUGGGAGAGUGGUAGCCUAGCGACAUCUAUCGAAGCGACUGGUUAUGCGCUGCUUGCGCUGUCAGAGUGCGUCGCAGACUUGCGCAAUACAUGCGCAAGCGACGCAACUCGCGCCACCUUGUGGCUCGCUACACACACCAACGCUGCCGGCGGAUUCAUCUCUACACAGGACACACUAGUCGCUCUAGAAGGUCUCACGGCAUGGCCAUCAAUCGUACCCGCAAACAGCAGUCUAUCAGUGAGGGUGGCAAGUGGGGUGGUCAGCAAAACCGUUGCCAUCACGUCAUCCAACAAACUACCAGAGGUCAUCAAGCUACCAGUUGGGGAUGUCGAUGUAACUGUUGAUGGUACUGGAUGUGCAUUAAUCCAAGCAACUCGUCAAUAUAACACUCUAAAGCCAGAAGAUAAACAAAACAAAUUGCUCAAAGUACAAGUGGAUGUACAGACCGACGGAACGUUUAACUGCGAUGGAAAUAAUACCUGCUUCUGUGCUGCCGUUGUGGAGGUGUGUGCAGAAUGGAGCGGGGUAUUCCCAGAGAUGGCGCUGAUAGAAGUCUCACUCCCAGGUGGCUUUGGCGCCGAGACCAAACUUCUUUAUCAACAACAACUUCGUACCAAUACACUACUCCGGCGUAUAGAAGUAUCGGCGAACAAUGGACGUGUAACUUUAUACCUGGGCUCACGAAAUGAAGAUACCUCAAGAGGGGGACACCAGUGCUACAAGAUACACGCAGUGGGACCCAAAGCAAAGACCAAACCUGCCUACGCCAAGAUACUUGAUUAUUAUCGCCCCGAAAACAAUGAUAUACAAAUGUACACAAUCCCUGAAGAAUGCCGAUCCAGGAUUAGUGAUGAUACCAAAGACAUGUUACUAUCGGAGAAUAUAUUUAACAAAGCACGAUCUAUAAAUGGAGAUAUCUUGAUAAACUACGACUUUUCCUUCGAAGAUAUACCAGAAGGCUUCCCACUGGAAGAUCCCCUUUACGACAAUUUAACACAAAGAAAAAAAGACGAAAACAGUAACAUAACAAUCGACAGUGAAAAUGAGAUAUUGGGAGCUCAUGAUUUAAAAUACCAGAAAAAGUACACGGAAGAUACACAUGAUAAGAUCAAUGAAGAAACUUUAACAAACAAUGACAGCAUUAAUGUUCCAACUAAUAUGAAAAUAGAUACAAAUAAGGGAAGAAAUAUUGAAAGCAAACGGGACUUAUUCGACUAUAAUAGUCCCGAAACGGAACCGCACAACAUCGAGCGAUUUAAUAUUGAUAACCAAACUGAUAAUAAUGAAAAUAAAGGCAUAGCAGAAGGAAUAAAUGUUAUGUAUAACGAUGGUAUUGCUUCAAAUGAAUCUGACAAACACAAUACACAAGAUUCAGAAAUAAAACAAGACAAUUCAAAUAUAAAACAAAAUGCGCAUUUUGAAGCGAUAAAAUCAGAACAAGAAACAACUUCAGGUUCUGAAUUCAAUGAAGACAGCAACAAAGAAACUGAUCCGUUUUCAAAUUUCCACGUAAUCGAUUCGGAGAAAGAUUUGGAUGUUCCUACUGGAAUUGAAGGACCAGUGCCCUCAAUAGUACUACCGCCGGAUAACUUUUUUGCAAAUUCUGGCCCAUAUCCGCAGGUUGAACAAAGACGUAAGCUAUACUCAACGCCAACGUAUUUUAUUCACCCGUAUUAUAAUCAUCAAUAUUAUAGAAAUAUAAGGACGAUAUAAUUUAAGUUAACGAAGACUGAUUUCCUUAUUUUGUAACAUAAUUAAGGUAAACUAAUUAUAAAUUAAAACUAUUUAUUGUAUGUAGGCACAAGACAGCAAGGGUUGGCUGUGAAUAAAAAAUAUUUUUAAAAA